UACUCCUGGUUAUACUGAACUUGUUCUCUUUGUUUCUCUAUUUCUGGAUUUUUAUCUAUUGGGUUUUUUUUUUCCUGAUUUCUAACAGUCUUCUUGUUUCGUGGAAGCCAUUUUUAAGUUGGCUCUUUGUUUCCAAUAUGGAUUUUGUGUCUCAGAUGACAAUUUUCCUAAUAUUGGUUCUUGUUGCCGUGAACUCUGUUGAGAGUGUUGUGAGUGCUAGGGACCAGCCAUUGGUUGGUCAGAAGCAAUUGAACCCACUUGACAACGAUCAUCUGGUAACUAAUUUGCCAGGCCAGCCAGCAGGUGUGAACUUUAGCCACUACGCCGGUUAUGUUACAGUAAAUGAAAAGAACGGAAGGGCACUGUUUUAUUGGUUCUUCGAGGCCACUACACGCCCUGAUGAAAAACCUCUGAUGCUGUGGCUUAAUGGAGGUCCUGGAUCCUCUUCUGUGGGAUAUGGACCAACACAAGAGAUUGGCCCUUUCCUAGUGGACAGUGAUGGACUUAAAUAUAAUCCCUAUUCAUGGAAUACAGAGGCCAACAUUUUAUUCCUGGAAUCUCCGGUUGGUGUUGGUUUUUCAUACUCAAACACAACUACCGAUUACAAUCUUCUUGGGGAUGAUUUCACAGCAAAUGAUUCUUACGCUUUCCUGCAUAAGUGGUUUGUCAAAUUUUCAUCAUACAGAAAUCGGACACUUUAUAUUGCAGGGGAGAGCUAUGCAGGAAAAUACAUUCCAGAGCUUGCUCAGCUGAUACAAGACAAUAACAAGGAUCCAUCGCUUCACAUUGAUCUCAGGGGUAUUCUGAUGGGUAAUCCUGAAACAAGUGAUCCUGAGGACUGGGCAGGUAUCGUGGAUUAUGCUUGGAGCCAUGCUAUCAUAUCAGAUGAAACCCAUAAGAUAAUAAAACAAAGCUGCGACUUUUACAAUAAUGAUACAUGGAGCAAUCGUGAUUGUUCGCAAUCUGUUGACGAAAUAUUUAAACAGUACAAUGAGAUAGAUAUUUAUAGUCUCUACAGCCCAACUUGCACUCGUAAUUCGGCAAGUUCAGACGUCAAACAUAUGCAAGUCUCCUUUAAGCGUACAUCUAAGAGUAAAAUGAUGCCAAGGUUUAUGGGUGGUUAUGAUCCAUGUCUGGAUGAUUAUGCGCGAUCUUUCUACAACAGACCUGAUGUUCAAAAGGCCCUACAUUGCGGUGAUGGUCACUUGCUCAAGAACUGGAGCAUCUGCAAUGAUACGAUAUUCAAAGAGUGGAAAGAUUCAAAGCCUUCAGUUCUUCCUAUAUACAAGAAGCUGAUUGCAGCUGGAAUAAGAAUAUGGGUCUACAGUGGAGAUACUGAUGGAAGAGUUCCUGUACUGUCCACAAGAUACAGCAUAGCUUCUUUGGGACUGAACGUCACUAAAGCAUGGAGGCCCUGGUACCACCAGAAGCAGGUCGGUGGUUGGUAUCAAGAAUACGAGGGGCUUACGUUUGCAACAUUUAGAGGAGCUGGGCAUGAUGUGCCUACCUUCCAACCGAGUAAAUCAUUAGCAUUCUUCUCUGCCUAUAUUCAAGGCAAAUCUCCACCCUCUUCGCGAAAUGAGACUGUCCUCGUGUGAAAAUAUAUUACCCAACAUUGGAUACAUCAUCUGUUUGUUUCGUAAAAUAGUAAAAUAA